UCUAAUCAUCAUUGGAACUACACUCGCGAAUAUUUUAGAUUCUUGCACCAAUAGAUAAAAGGAUAUGAUCUUUUUAUUUGUUCGCAAUGAUAUUGACGUUUGGUUUUAGUUCGUGUUUCUCUCUCCAUCCAGAUGCAGCCAAGUUUGUAAGGCAGUAUGGAGGGUUUUCCAGAUUGGCUGCUGUAAUUGGGGUUCUGCAAAAUUCCGGUUUCCCCUUCCCAUAAAUCCCAAUUUGGUUCCUCCUUCUCUUCGCGCUUCUUCUCCUACAAUUUCUCCCUUCAUCAGCUACCUUUUCGUUUCUAGUUUCCUGAAAAGUUCUCGAGCAGGAUCCCUCUUUUUGAAUGACCGUACCGUUGUGUUCUUAGAUCCAAUUUUUCUUUCGGCUGGCUAUGAGGAGGGUUCUUCCUUGUUGCAUCUUAGGGUUUUAGUUUGUACCAGGUUCUUGGACGAUUCGAGUGUUUCUUUCUUUUGUUGCCGCUGCGUUGUGAUUCUUUCAAGUCAUGGAAGCUUACAAGAAGUGGGUUAGGGAUAACAGAGACUACCUUCACUCUUUUGAGUCUCUUGCAAAUGGCUUGACGUGGCUUCUUCCUGAACGAUUUUCUGAUUCAGAAAUUGGACCUGAAGCAGGUUUUGUGAAACUUUGUUUCUGCCGCUGUUGGCAUUGUCACUGCAGUCAAUGAACACAUAAUCGAAACAGCUCCAACCCAGAUGCAUGUAAACGCAACUGUGCCAUCUUCAUUUCCUUAUUCACUAUGCAUAUCUGCUCUGAAAAACUUGGAAACAUUGAUUGAAGUUGCUGCACAACAAUAUUAUGGUGAUGAUAAACGAUGGAACUUCAUUGCUGUUACGGAGGCUUUGAAGGUACUCUUUAGAUUAGCUCUGUUCAAGAAUUGUGGGUACAAGAUCCUUCUUGAUGGAGGAGAAACCAUAAAUAACGAAAGACAUCUGAAAACUUCAACUUCUCAGCACAGACCUAAUGCUUUCACAAAGCAUGGUGGGCAUAAUGCAUCUGGUUAUUCAGGAUAUCUUAAUGGACAUGACCAAUGGAAUCUAGAAGGGAGGGCAUUAUCUGCAUUAAGCAGGUUCGGGGAAAAGGCUCGGAUGAUUUCAGCACCAGCAUGGUCGUAUGGGGUUCAGCACCAGCAUGGAAUGUUCAAUCCUUCAGCUACAACGCCCGAGAGGCCUACACUUUCUACUAUUUUGUCUGAACAGGGUCAUCGCGGGGCUCUUUUCGUGACUGGAGAAGUACUUUUCAUAACACGACCGCUUAUUUACGUUCUUCUAAUCCGCAAAUAUGGGAGUCGGUCGUGGACUCCUUGGUUUCUUUCACUGGCUGUGGACCUCCUUGGGACAUGCUUUUUAUCAUAUGCUACCUCAGCAUCGACGAGUAGAAAAAACCAAAGAUCAUGCCUUUCCGACUCUGAGAAGGAUGAGCUGAGAAGACGGAAGAUGCUUUGGGCAUUUUACCUCAUGAGAGACCCAUUCUUCGAGAGAUAUACAAGGCGAAAACUUGAAGGGGCCGAAAAAGUUUUAGAACCUGUACCUUUUGUCGGAUUCCUCACAGCAAAAAUUGUUGAGCUUAUUAUUGGAGCUCAGACAAGAUAUACUUACAUGUCAGCGUCAUGAGAUGAGAGGGAAAUUGGAGUUUGAAGGGCCCAAGUCUUCCCUCCUGGUUUGUUGUUUCUACGCUUCAUACAAAUAUUUGGUGACGUUUCUUUUUGCAAUCAGCUAUUCUGAAUAAUAAUAA